CACGCAAAUCGCCGCGUGACGUCACCGCCGCCGUCCGCGGAGAGCGACUUGAUUCAAACGCGCGCACGGAGCGUCCCUUUGCGGCAGCGAGCGACUGAAGGUCAGAGAGAGAGAGAGACCGCACUGAUAACCGGACCUGAAGUGAUUCGCGAUGCCUCCACCUGUCGGACCCCCAGCCGUGCCGCCUCCAGACGGUGGGUGGGGCUGGGCUGUGGUGGGCGGGGCUUUCAUCUCCAUUGGAUUCUCUUACGCCUUCCCAAAGGCCACCACCGUGUUCUUCAAAGACAUCCAGAGGAUCUUCAAUGCCUCGUACAGUGAGGUGGCCUGGAUCUCCUCCAUCAUGCUGGCUGUCAUGUACGCUGGAGGUCCUAUCAGCAGUAUUCUGGUGAACACAUAUGGCUGCCGUCCCAUCAUGAUUUUGGGCGGCUUUCUGUGUGCCAUCGGGAUGAUCAGCGCCUCCUUCUGCAACACCGUCGUGCAGCUCUACAUCUGCAUCGGCGUCAUCGGCGGCUUCGGUCUGGCCUUCAACCUCCAGCCGGCGCUUACGAUGAUCGGGAAGUACUUCUACAAGAAGCGUCCCAUCGCUAACGGCUUCGCUAUGGCCGGCAGUCCGGUGUUCCUCAGCACGCUAGCGCCGCUUAACCAGUAUCUGAUCAAUGAGUACGGAUGGAGGGGAAGCUUCCUGAUCCUCGGUGGGCUCCUGCUCAACUGCUGCGUGGCCGGAUCACUCAUGAGGCCCCUGGUGGCCCCGCCGGACCCCGCCAAAGUGCUGGAGGAGAAACCGCCGAUGGUUAAGACGGAGAAGACCACGGCCUGGCAGACGGUCAAUAAGUAUCUGGAUCUGUCGCUCUUCAAGCACCGCGGCUUCCUCAUCUACCUGUCGGGAAACGUCAUCAUGUUCUUGGGCUUCUUCGCGCCGAUCGUCUUCCUCUCGUCGUACGCUAAAGACAACGGCGUGGACGAGUAUCAAGCGGCCUUCCUGCUCUCCAUCCUGGCUUUUGUGGACAUGUUCGCUCGGCCGUCUAUGGGCCUGCUGGCGAACUCGCGCUGGGUCCGGCCGCGGAUCCAGUACUUCUUCAGCUUCGCCGUGCUGUAUAACGGCGUGUGUCACCUGCUGUGUCCGCUGGUGGAGAGCUACACCGGGAUGGUGGUGUACGCCGUCUUCUUCGGCUUCGCCUUCGGCAUGGUGAGCGCCGUCCUGUUCGAGACGCUGAUGGACCUGGUGGGAGCGCAGCGGUUCUCCAGCGCCGUGGGGCUCACCACUAUCGUGGAGUGCUGUCCGGUGCUCAUCGGACCGCCGCUGGCAGGGAAGCUAGUGGACAUCACAAAGAACUACAAGUACAUGUACCUGUGCUGCGGGUCGGUGGUCGUCCUUUCCAGCGUCUGGCUCUUCAUCGGCAACUUCAUCAACUACCGGCUGCUGGAGCGCGAGCGCAAGCGCAUGCAAGAGGAGAUGUACAAACGUGCCGACUGCGAGGAGCAGACGGACGCAGACGCAGACACGGCGCAGCAGCUCUGCGAGAACAAAGACGGCGUCAUGCAGCACGAAACCAACAUCUGAACGCCUAUGCAAACAGUGAAGACACUGCCAAAGAGGUCUACAGGCUUAAUAAACGCGCACUUUGACAUAGACGGCCUUUAUAGCUUGGUAUCGGUCAUUUCUCGUGGCUCAGGUUCAGCAAACGCCCGUAUUUGACAGCUAAACAGCACUCCGUUUUAUACGUUCACACACACACACACACACACACACACACACACACACACACACACACUCACACACACU